GUCACGUUCCUUGACCGUCCUCGCAUUUUCGUGCUAUAUUUGAGCUCGCACGAUCGGAUUAUCUCGAUUAUAAGUUUUGAUAUUUAAAUAAUAUAAAAUAAAGACACAAUGAAUUCAAUUCGAAUAAUGUUGCAGAAAAAUGCGCACCAGCUGCGACAAUUUCAUAAAUGUAUUCCGCGUAAUCAGGAAGCACUAGCUGUUGCUGUAGCUGAAAAAUUGACUAUUCCUGUGCCAGAAGGAACUGAAAAACCUAUGAACCCAAAAAUUGAUAAAUUAGCACAAGAAAUUACUGCUCUUAAUUUACUGGAAGUUGCUGAACUCAGUGAUCUUCUGAAGAAAAGGCUAAAUCUUCCCGAUGCUCCUGCAAUGCCUGUUGGGAGCCAGUUUAUGAUGGCUCCAAAAGUAGAGGAAGAAGAAGUUGCACCCAAAGUUGUCAAAAGCUCAUUCACAGUUAAACUAACAAAAUUUGAUGAGAAACAGAAGGUUCCAUUAAUAAAAGAAAUAAAAAAUUUGAUUCCUGGAACAAAUUUGGUACAAGCAAAGAAAUUUGUUGAAAGUUUACCUCAAGUUGUCAAGGCAGAUAUCAGUAAAGAAGAAUCAGAACAAUUGAAAGAAAUAUUAGCCAAAGUUGGAGGAGAAGUUAUUAUUGAUUAAAUUGUGUAUAUAGCUGCUAAGUUUUUACUAUAAGUAGAUAAACUUUAAUGUUGCAUACUGUCCUAGCCCUAUUCUGCAUACGGCAAGAUAAUGAAGAGCGUUGAUUUUUUAUCUUGAUUUGUUAUUAAAAUAAAAACAUAUAAUUCC